AUGGUGCGCGUGGCGGUCGUAGGGUGCGCUCAUGGUAUGCUGGACGAUAUCUAUGCAACUGUCAAUUUCGUCAAUGAAAUGGAACCUAGCAAUCCUGUAGAACUCUUGCUGUGCUGUGGUGAUUUCGAAUGUAUGCGCAAUCUGCGCGACUUGGAGACGCUGGCCUGUCCGAUCAAAUAUCGAGCAUUGCAUGCCUUUCAUCGGUACUAUACUCAAGAAAAACGGGCUCCUGUGCUCACUGUCUUUAUAGGUGGGAAUCAUGAAGCUUCGGGGUAUUUACAAGAGCUUUAUUAUGGCGGUUGGGUAGCACCAAACAUCUUUUAUCUGGGUGCAGCAGGUGCGAUCAAUGUUGCAGGACUGCGUAUUGCAGGUCUUUCGGGUAUUUACAAACAGCAACACUAUACAGCAGGAAGGUUCGAGGCACUGCCAUUUGACAACAACACUAUGCGGAGUGUCUAUCAUGUCCGUGAACUCGAAGUCUUUCAGCUCUCGCACUUGCAGCAGGUAGACAAGAUACCAGUAGGAGCAUUUUUAUCGCAUGAUUGGCCUCGAGGUAUUGAGCAGCACGGUAAUGUACAGCAGUUACUACGUCGCAAACCAUUCUUUGAGCAGGAGAUAAGGACGAACACACUCGGUAGUCCUGCUGGCGAGUUUCUGAUGUAUCAGCUUCGUCCACAAUAUUGGUUUGCCGCACACUUGCAUGUCAAGUUUUCUGCCAUUGUCACUCAUCCAGAUCGACAAAGUAGUGAAGCAAUGGUAUCAAAUGGUGAAAAAACACUUGAGGCUGACAAGGUCAAGCCGAGUGGCGAGCAAUACGCAGCUCCCAAGCCGUCCUUCUGGCCAAGUACGACCAAGUUCUUAGCGCUUGACAAAUGCCUCCCACGUAGAGAGUUUAUGCAGAUUUUGGACUUGCCUUCUUUGGCAAUGGAGUCUACAUCCAAGGAAGAGCAGAAGAUAGACAGUGACAGCGUGUUAGUGACCGACGCUAAGCAGGAUGUCACUGAAUCUGAUCAGGCUAUCAAGAUUAGUCCGAGUACAAAACGUUCGUCGCCACCAAAGAUUAUGUUCGACUUGGAAUGGCUUGCUAUCCUGCGCGCGACACACCAUCUUGCUUCAGCCAACAAAUCUGCGCCGCGCGUGCCGCAAGAGGAAAUGAAAAUUGAAGACAAGGACAUUUCUUGGGUGAAGCAGCGCCUUGAGGAAUUUGUUGCAGAGAAGAAACUAGACAAGGAUCAAGGCGAAUGGAUCACUGAUUUCGUGAAGACCGUACCAGGCCACGGUGAAGAAGAGGGGCCACAUGUAGCGACGGGCAAUCCUCAAACGGACCUUUUGUUGGAGCUGCUGAAGCUUCCACAUGUCGUUACCGCACCAUUUGUUGGCGGCGAUUUGAUUGCAGUGGCUGUCGAGGACCCUAAUGAGAUUGAUCUAGACGAUGACGAAGACAUCGACGACACUGAUACAAAGCUAGUGAACACCGAAGACGUUACCAAUGAUGACGACGCAUGCACCAAUCGCGAGGUACUAAGUGUUAUGGAAACAAAAACACCUGUAGACUCGUACGAAAUCACCCUCGACCUAUAA